AAACAAUUAUGAUAAUGAGGAGGAAGAUGACAGCAACAAUUGUCUCUUCGGUUGAAUACCGUUCUAACUUUGAGGUUUUCUUUUCUCUUGUGUGACAGGCUCGUUACAAAGACAAAGGAAAUGUAAUUGCCGAAGACCAACUGGCUCAGAUGGCCAAACACAUGGAAACGUUCAAAGUGAACUUGGAAGAGUUUGCCAGCAACCACAAAGACCAAAUUAAGAAAGAUCCAGAAUUCCGUGUCCAGUUUCAAAAGAUGUGUGCCUCGAUCGGUGUUGAUCCUUUAGCAUCAAGUAAAGGAUUCUGGUCAGAAAUGUUGGGUGUCGGAGAUUUCUAUUAUGAAUUAGCUGUGAAGAUUGUGGAGGUGUGCAUGGCCACUAGUCAUCAUAACGGAGGUCUUAUUGGUCUGGAAGAACUGAAGGACAAACUGGAAGCAUCAAGGGGUAAAAACACACAAGAAAUUAGUCUAGACGACCUCCUCUGUGCAAUCAAAAAACUGAAGACGCUUGGCAAUGGUUUCACCAUUCUUCCCAUUGGCAAAACCUAUUUAGUGCAGUCUGUGCCUGGAGAAUUGACUAUGGACCAUACCACAGUGUUGCAACUAGCACAGAAAAAUGGUUUUGUAACAAUCACUUUGAUAUCAGAAACACUUAACUGGGAGAAAGAAAGGGCCAUCAAAUCUUUGGAAUACAUGGUGAAAGAAGGCUUGGCCUGGGUUGAUGACCAAGCAAGGGAUGAACGCCACUACUGGUUCCCUACCCUAUGCCCAGACUCACUCUAACAACCCUUUCUCUCUCUCUCUUUCAGCGUGCCACCUUCUUUUCUUCUUUCUUCUUGUCCCAUCUUCUCUCUCUCUCUAUUUAUGAUCUAUGCGUUAUAUAUAUACGUGCACAUACACAUACAGACACACAUACACUCACAAAUAUAUAUUUAUGUAGUAUAUAUAUAUGUGUGUGUAUGUGUACAUAUCUAUCUAUAUACACACACAUGCAUUCCUACCGUGCUUCACCCUGAGCGAGUGUCUUCUGCCUUGUGAGUGAAUUGCAGAAGUGGCAGGUCAGCUUAUUAGAUGUAAAGUAAUGAUAUAAUAAAAUUACGGUAAUCUAAGAAAGUUAUAACUGCCUCUCCUAAAAUCGGCUCAGAAUACCUGGAAUGUACCUUGUAUAAAUAUGUGUUUUCAGAUACACACCUCACACAUAUAAACUACAUAAAUAUUGAUUUCAAGUUUUGGCACAAGGCCAGCAAUUUCGAGGAAGGGGGUGUAAGUUGAUUACAUCGACCCCAGUGCAUAACCGGUACCUAUUUCAUCGACCUUGAAAGGAUGAAAAGCCAAGUCCGACCUCAACGGAAAUUGAACUCAGAACUUAAAGACAGAUGAAAUAAUGAUAAGCAUUUCCCCCCAGCUUGUUUUAACAAUGAUAACAAUAUUUUAAAAGGAUUGACAUAGCUUUUCCCAAAGAUAAACAGACAAGACAAAGAGCAUGAUGGGAUUGCCGUUGAUAUUUUAUUGGCUGAACGAUACUUCGAAGCUUGCUGUCGAAAUAUCAAUUGCAAUCGUGUUGUGCUCUUCGCCAUAUCUGAUAAUAACAAUAGUAAUAAUAAUAAUAAUAAUCCUUUCUACUAAAGGCACAUGGCCUGAAAUUGUGGGGGAGGGGUCUAAUUGAUUAAAACGACCCCACUACAAAAAUAGUAAUGGUUUCAAAUUUAGGUACCAGGCCUGAAAUUUUGUAGGAGGUGGGGGUAAGUCGAUCACAUCAACCCCCAGUACUCAACUGGUAUUUAUUUUAUUGACUUCGAAAGGCCAAGUCAAUCUCGGCAGAACACACACCAUAGGUAUUGGGAGGUCAAAAUGUCAUGAAUGUGUGAUUGCAUGCUUCUCUCUCUCUCUAUUUCUCUUUUUGUCUCUCUUUCUUUCUCAGCCUCACUUCCCCCCUCCUCUCUCACUCUCUCUGCUUCUCUCUCCCCCCGCUACUAUUCAAUCUCAACAAAUAAAAUUUAUUUUUCAUAGUU